UUUGCGCGGUGGCUGAGUAGAGGCGCUGAUUGGGUUUCGGGGACCGGUGGCGGAGCCAAUCAGAGCGGGACCCGAACCGGGGGAGCAAGGCACGGAUUGCAGUUGAAGCUCGUUGCAUAGUUGAUUGGCAGUGAAAAAAUAUGGAGCAGUACACAGCAAACAGCAAUAGCUCGACGGAACAAAUAGUUGUACAAGCUGGACAGAUUCAGCAACAGCAGCAGGGUGGUGUCACUGCUGUCCAGUUGCAGACUGAGGCUCAGGUGGCAUCUGCCUCAGGCCAGCAAGUCCAGACCCUCCAGGUGCAGGGUCAACCAUUAAUGGUACAAGUGAGUGGAGGUCAGCUGAUCACAUCAACUGGUCAGCCAAUCAUGGUACAGGCUGUACCGGGGAGUCAAGGUCAGACCAUUAUGCAGGUUCCAGUUUCAGGAUCACAGGGACUGCAACAGAUUCAGUUGGUCCAACCCAGUCAGAUUCAGAUUCAGGGUGGGCAAGCUGUGCAAGUUCAAGGUCAGCAGGGCCAGACACAGCAAAUCAUCAUCCAGCAGCCCCAGACUGCAGUUACAGCUGGCCAGACACAGACCCAGCCGCAAAUUGCUGUUCAAGGGCAGCAAGUGGCACAAACAGCAGAGGGCCAGACAAUUGUCUAUCAACCAGUUAAUGCUGAUGGAACAAUUCUUCAACAAGUUACAGUCCCUGUUACAGGCAUGAUCACCAUCCCAGCAGCCAGUUUGGCAGGAGCCCAGAUAGUUCAGACUGGAGCCAACACCAACACGACCAGCAGUGGACAGGGGACAGUAACUGUGACGCUACCUGUUGCUGGAAAUGUGGUCAAUUCAGGUGGAAUGGUGAUGAUGGUUCCAGGGACUGGAUCUGUGCCAGCUAUCCAGAGGAUACCUUUACCUGGAGCAGAGAUGCUUGAAGAGGAGCCCCUGUAUGUAAAUGCUAAGCAGUACCACCGGAUUCUGAAGAGGCGGCAAGCAAGGGCCAAGCUGGAAGCUGAAGGGAAAAUCCCUAAGGAGAGGAGGAAAUACCUGCACGAGUCCCGCCAUCGCCAUGCCAUGGCAAGGAAGCGGGGAGAAGGAGGACGUUUUUUCUCACCAAAAGAAAAGGAUAGCCCUCAUAUGCAGGAUCCAACCCAGGCAAAUGAAGAAGCAAUGACACAGAUGAUUAGAGUAUCCUAACGAUCAACUAGAGAACAAAGCAUCUGGACAAAUACUAUAUCUCCUGUUUCCUGUCCUACCUAUCAGACAAACUUCCAAAUGGGAAAAUUGCCAUAUGCACACCCUGUUCUCUUCUUCAGAACAAAUUCCACAGUCUCAAUAAUGAUUUGUUUUAGGAUUUUAACUGCUGGGGCCUCAGCAGAUGGAAACUCCUAUGGACUUUGGGUAUACUCCUUUCCAAUUCAGACCAAGGAGCUGAAAAUCUCACUCUCUAGGCCGUUAACAUCCUUGACAUUAACAGUGGCCCAGCUUGAAACUGCCACUGCCUCAGCAAUAACUGGCAUGUUGAAAUAGGGCUAGCUUUUAAGCCAUUUGGAAGCCACGGCUCUUCAAUCACAUGACUAAUAUUGGGAGCACCUAUAGCUCAGAGGCCUACACUUUAAUUUUGUUUCCUUCAUGUAGUCAUCCUGGUCUCACCUCACAGCCUUGGUCUUCAUAUUUGCUGACAGCUCACUGUAGCAGCAUCUUCUCCAAUUGAACUCUGGUGGAACUUAGAUACGACACUAAAAGAUUUCUUGAAGUAUUAUCAUACAUAAAUCGUCAUCAGUGAUCUGUCUCAGACAAACUGUUCUCUGAAAGUACUGGGAAAGUAAUAGACUUGAAAUGAUGUAUGCAUAUUGGGCAGGGGGUGGGGUUGGGCGCUGCACUAUGACCUGGAGAAUCAAGAGUGGAGAAAAUCUGGCUGAUGAAGAAGCCAGCAAUACGUGUGAGUUGAAAUUCUGCUUCAGUGAGCCCGACUGCUUUCCCAAACUGCAGAUAGUGAUUAAUCCCAGAUACUUAAACUAGCUGUCCUGUUGACGCUUUUUCAAGAUCAGAUGAAACACCUGAACCAUUGCCCUAACCAAACCAUAACUUGUUAUAUUUUGCUUAAUACAAGAGCUAAUAUGGGAAGACCCUUCAAGCUUUUUAUAUACUGUUCUUUGUACAUUUGGUACUUAACAAUUCUGCUGCCUUCAUUUUCCAUUAUGAUGAGUUUAUCUCUUUUUUAAAAGGGAGCUGCUGCAGAUAGGUUAUGUUUGCCUUGUAGUUAGUUACGUUAAGGGGCAGGAGAAUGCUGUUUGUUUUUGCAGUUAGUUUAGUUUUUGGAGAUAGAUUGAGAUCUUGUCUGGUAAGCAUCGUGAAACUGCUUCUCCAUCCCCCCCCCCUGAUUUCUUCCCUUAUUAUUAUCUACUUAGGUAGUGUUUUAUGGUUCAUCUGAUACUAUGUUUUGUUCUGACAUAUUCACAGUUAUAUGUUAAGCCUGCAUUUCUCAUCAGGAUUGACAGUGGGAUAGAACUGGAGUCAGGCUAUCACAGAAAGAUGAGAGGUAAACUGUGAAGUGAAAGCAAUUGCAAAGCAAUUGAGAUGCAGAGGGGAAGAAGGGGUCUGGUCAUUGACUGCUGAAUUUUAUAGAAAGGCUAUGAUCGCAUUGGAACAAGUGCCAUUGUUUAAAGGUAAAGUGAUUCAAUGUAGACAUUCAUCUUCAUUUAGAGGGAGGCAACCUUCAUCGGCCCUCUUUUUCAUUUAUUAAAGUGUAAAACAGAAUUCAGAAGUAAGGACUUGUGUUUGAUACUGGUAAGCCAAUAGAAAUCACUGAAUUAGGGUUUUUUAAGCCAGCUAACCAUGAUAUCUAGCAAUGAAAAAUGCAGACAAGAAUUGGCAUUCCUUCAGCCUCAGCUGAUUAAUGCUUCCAUUUCAUUUCUUAACAGUGAACUUUUCCCUGCCAAGCCCUGGAACAACUGGCAUUUGCCUUCUAACACAUGAGAACCAUGCCAGGUAAAGCUCUGUGUGUGAAGCAGAGUUUGGGCUGUGCACAGUCAUGUGGCGACUUAAUGCCCUAGCUUAUGUUUUUUGGAAGCAAAUAAAGAUUUUUUUAAAAAUCCUCUUAUGUGCCUGUCCAUUUUUAAACCGGUAUUCCAGCUGCAUGUUCCUGAAUAGUUUUGUCUGUUUUAAAUCUCAAGUCUUUCACUUACUCCGUUUUCAUUAUUGGUUUCCAGAGUGUCUUGGGCUUCCAUUGUGGCAGUUUUAAGUUAGCUACUUCAGCCCUUCUCUACCAUUUCUCCUUGUUGUUUUUCACAAUAAUAUCCAGCUUGGAAAUUAAGUUAACUGUCUUAGUGAAGGAACAACGAAUGCUUUAUUUCCUGAGAUGGUUCUUCAGCAUUGCUGUAAAUAUUAGAGCAUUGGUACAGUCUGAGAAAGUGAUGGACAUGGAGGGGAGAAUAUAGUCUGGAUUAAAGAUGUUUCUCCAUUUCUCCCUUUCUGCUAUCAGAUGGUCUCUGUGAAUUGGGAAGUUAAGGGAAUCAAGGUUCUCCUAAUUCUUUAUGUAUUUGUAAAAUAUAACAAGAUAUUUGCAAUUAGCCAUCACACUUCCUUUUCCACAUUUAAACAACAAAAUUGGUCUUUGUGAUAUCUAUGUGUAGAUUAUGCAUAGACGCCUCUUUAUUUUUUGGUCUAUAGAAAAUUUUCUUUAGUUAGGUUUCCUGUAAUGGUGUACAUAUCCUGAUAGGAUCUAUUAUAUCAGUGGUUUAGACUUCCAUGUGUGUAGGUCAACCUUCAGAAUAGUUGUUAAUAUUGAGAACCUCAUACUGCAACAUGUUGCGAAACCCUCUGUUCCAAGUAAAAUACAAAGCAGAAGCAAUGCCAAAAGCAAACUGAUAGGAAGCGAAAAAUCAGACCACCAAGUACUUAAUUGGAAGUAGAAUACAGCUGUUGUAAGUUUGAGGAGAAUAUAAAUCCUUCUGACCUAUAAAGCUUUGGAAUACUGAGCGCACUUAAAGAGGUUUGACACUUGUGGGGUGGAGUUGCAACCCCCAAGUAAUGCUAAACUUUUUCAAAUGUUUUGCAUGUAAAAAAAUUUUGAGGGAUGUGAAUGGGGAUGGAGGGCAUUGAUAUUUGUGUAAUGUAAGACAGUUUGUAUAUAGUUCAAAAGUUUAUAAUUUUUUAUGCUGCAUUUUGAAGUGUAUUUUGUCUUUAAUAGAUACAACUGUAAGUACUGUGUACGCUAUCCAACCAAUUAAAAGUUUAUAAAAUGUG